AGAUUAACCAUUGUGGAUAACUAUAACUAUAGUGUUACAAUCAAGCAACAGGACAAACAGAGAGGUUGAACAGAGGAAGAGAAAACUGGAAGACUUUCAGUUUGAAUUGGAGUGGUGUUGAACAAGUAGGAAGAUCUGAAGAUGGGUGUGGAUUACUAUGAGAUUUUGGAGGUUGACCAUCAUGCAACUGAUGAAGAGUUGAAGAAAGCUUACAGAAGACUUGCCAUGAAAUGGCACCCUGACAAGAAUCCAGACAAUAAGAAUGAUGCUGAGACUAAAUUCAAACUCAUUUCUGAAUCCUAUGAGGUUCUAAGUGAUCCCCAGAAGAGAGCAAUUUAUGAUCGCUAUGGAGAAGACAGACUUAAAGGUGGAAUGCCAUCACCAGAUGCUGGUAUGGAUUCAUUCUUCCGAACUGGGGGUGGCCCAACAACGUUCAGGUUCAAUCCAAGAGACGCGAAUGGCAUCUUUGAAGAAGUUUUUGGCUCUUCAAGCCCAUUUGGAGGAAUGGGAAUGGGGAUGGGUGGUUGUGGGAGAGGGAUGAGGGGAGGCUCGUGGGUGUCAAGGUCCUUUGGUGGACUUUUUGGCAACGACAUAUUUGCAGAAGGCAGACCUAAGAAUCAAGGUCCGCGGCGCAAGGCACCUCCAAUCCAAAAUACAUUACCUUGCAGCCUUGAGGAACUCUAUAAGGGAACUACCAAAAAGUUGAAGAUCUCAAGGGAAAUUGUACAUGUAAGCGGGAGAACUUUGCCUGUGCAGGAAAUACUAACCAUUGACAUCCAACCGGGCUGGAAAAAGGGAACAAAAAUCACUUUCGCGGAGAAAGGAAAUGAGCAGCCAAAUGUUAUUGCUGCAGAUAUUGUGUUUAUCGUUGAUGAGAAACCUCACAAUGUAUUUACAAGAGAUGGUAAUGAUUUGGUGGUGACACAAAAGAUAUCUCUUACAGAAGAUGAAGCUCUAACUGGCUUCACCUUCCAACUCACAACUCUGGAUGGCAGGUGUCUGCCCAUUGCCAUAAACAAUGGGACUGAUCCAAACUAUGAAAAAGUGAUCACUGGGGAAGGUAUGCCAAUUUCCAAAGAUCCUUCAAAGAGGGGUAACCUUAGGAUCAAAUUCAACAUCAAAUUUCCCAGCAUGGUAGAUGCCUGAGUAAUAUAAAGCCAGAAUAAAGAAAUUUCUAGCACCAUAUUGGAGUAGCAACCAUUGCCAAGUGCAUCUUGUGUAUAUUAAUCUUCUGUUUUGCUCCCAUUUUUUACUUUAUUUUUUCUCCAUUUUAGAUGCUGUGAUCUGUGUAGUCCGUGUGUAUUACACAAACAGCGAAUAAAAUCCAACAGUACUAGAUUAAGGUUUGAGGUAUAAUAUUUUGAAAAACGGUUGACAAAGAGUA